AUGAAAUAUUAAAAUAUGAAAAACAGAAGCAAACCGCCUAAUAGGCUCCACCAUUGGAGUGUUGAGAAGUACCCGGGGGAAGAGAGGAGAACAAGAGCUAUGCCAUUCUCCUCUCAUUUUUCUUCUAUCUAAGAAGUUUCCUUCUCUCUAACCCCUAAGCCCCUAACCCCCUUUGUGGGUCACCACUUUCGAUAACGAUACCCCAUUAUCAUCACCACCUCCCAAAAGCCAACCUAAGCCCCCGUCUCUCUCGCUUUUCCUUCCUCCCACCUCCUCCAUUUCUGUUCUGUGUUUGUGUAUGUCCAUGCAGAAAACCAUAAAGAAAACCCAUUAAAGAUAGAGACCAUCAAGAAAGCAACCCAGAAAAGAAAGCAACAGAAUUAUGGCAUUGUCUUUCCUUGCAGGCACAGAAAAUUCUCUUUCUCAGGGCAAGAAACCAGAAUAUGGAGUUCUUUUAUUUGUCCUUUUUGGUGUGUUUUUUCUGAACAAUCAUCUCCUGCCUAAAUAAAAACGUCGGUUUCUUUCUCUCAAUCUCUUCUUUCAGAAAAAAAAAAGGAGAGAUAGGGAGAUCAUCAAACACCCUCCUUUGCAAUUUUUUUUUCUAAAAUAAUAAAAUUUUCUGGUUUUUGUCCUUGGGUCCCACUAAACAUAGAACAUAAAAACAGCCCAGCAACUAAAAUCCUUGUUUCCAUUGUAGGAGUUUCCAUCUAGUCAGAGAGAGAGAGAGAGAGAGAGACAGAGAGAGAGAGAGAGGGGGGGAAGACAUUAUCUCAUAUACGUACAUAAAUAAAGUUUACAGUCAGUGUCUGUCUGUUUGGCUUUUUUUGAGGUUUGGGAUGAUGAUAUCUACCGGCAAUGGCAGUAGCGAAGGCGGUGGUUCCUCAGGAUCCAGAGGUGGUGGUGACAGUGAUGUAGCUCCUGCUGCCUUUCAUCAGGGUGGUGGUGAUAUGCAUGCUAAUGUUCAUCAUGGUGGAGGUGGUAAAGGAGGCUGUAGUGGUGGUGGUGAUGGCAAUGGUGAGAAACAUUUAAAGAAGGGCCCGUGGACAGCGGAGGAGGACGGGUUACUGGUGGAGUACGUGAGGAAACACGGUGAAGGGAAUUGGAAUGCAGUGCAAAGGCAUUCUGGACUGGCUCGCUGUGGCAAGAGUUGCAGGCUCCGUUGGGCCAACCACCUGCGGCCCAAUCUCAAGAAAGGUGCCUUCUCGCCUGAAGAGGAGAGGCUCAUUGUUGAGUUGCAGGCUAAGUUUGGCAACAAAUGGGCUCGCAUGGCUACUCUGCUCCCUGGAAGAACAGAUAAUGAAAUCAAGAACUACUGGAACACAAGAAUCAAGAGACACCAACGCCAAGGCCUUCCUCUUUAUCCUCCUGAUAUUCAACCUCAAUACCCACCAAGCCCCCACUUUCACCACCGCAGAUCCUUUUCUGUAUCCAUCAUUCCGACCACCCCUACCUCCUCUUUCACCUUCCCAACAACGAACUCCGCCACUCACACACUCACUCCAACGUCUGCUACCCCUCCCCCUCUAUUCCCUACCCCCACUGCUACUAGUUUUCCUACGCUUCCACUUUUUGACUUCUCUCAACCCUACCACCACCAUACAUCUCACUCCACACCUACCACCCCAACCUCUUCUUUUUCUUUCCAAACCCAAGUUCCCUCCCCAACCCAUGCACAAACACACAAUUGUGCAUGUUCUACUCCACCCCCUGUAUCUCCACUGUCCUCUCCGUCCACCAAAGCAUCGACGUGUUUUUCUACUCUACCACUUUUUGAUUUCUGUGUAUCCAGAACCCCUCCUAUCCUUCAGACCCCUAUGCGCUUCAAACGAUUCUCCUCCUCCCCUAACAUCGCCUCCCUCACCACAACCAACAACACCUCCACUAAAUCCAGUAUUAGUCCUAAUUCUCACUUCUCGCUCCCCUUAUCACCAUUGCCCCCUGCUUCGGCAUCCAACACACCUCUGGGUCACCAGAUGCGUUCCUGCUUUAGCUGCAGUGAGUUCCACAAUGAACUGCGGAAAGAGGAUCAGGAAAUGUGUUCGCAUUUGGCUGCUGUGACCCAGCCGGAGCUCCCUUCAAACCAAUUUUUGUCAACAACAAACCAGAAUAGGAAUUUGGGGAUUGGUAUUGCUACUAUUGGUAGUAAGUUUGGUAAAAGAGCGACUAAGAAGAAAAUUGGUAAUUCUAUUAAAGAUAAGGUUAAUGGCAACCUGGGGUGGGCGUUGGAGGAUCUGUUGCAAGAGGCCAAGGCAUUGACGGAAUGUGGACAGACUUCGACAGAGCAGAGCAGUUUGGUGUUGCAGGAACAGAAGCCUGAGCUGCUCGUUUCUGACGGAUUUGACUUACAUUGGGAUCAAACCAGUUCUCUUGCGUUGUCUUCAGGAUUGGAACCCGAGGUUGACAUUGCAGGCCAACUCAACGCCAUGCCUGAAGACUUCACCAAGGUUUUGAACAUCCUCCCUUCUCCGAUGCAGCCUGAGUUGUAUAGUGAUAGUGCGGAUAUCUCCAAUGAGCCAUCUUCGGUCUUGACAGAUGAUAAUAUUGGGUUUGAGAUGCAGCAGAUAGCUUCACUUUUUCCCCCAGCAGACCAUGGCAGGACUCUUGGCUCUUGCUCUUGGGAUAACUUGCCAGGAAUUUGCUGAGAAUGGGUUCAGAUUCAUGCUACUUUGAGAGAAGAAAACACAAAGG